AUGCAUGUAUUUCCUUCUUCUUCAACUAAUAAUAACGACAAUGGCAGAACGACAGAUAUACAUGUGGACUGGAUUUAUUGUUUACAAUUCAAUAGCAAGAUUUUGGUGACUGGAAGUCGUGAUCGAACCUUGAAAGUGUGGGAUAUGAACAAUUCUGACUGUUUACAUACUUUAUAUGGACACAGCGCAAGUGUACUAUGUCUCCAAUUUGAUGACCGAUGGAUUAUUAGCGGCAGCAGUGAUAUGACAAUGAUUGUAUGGGAUAUAUCCUCUGGUAGGAAAGUACGAACGUUGACUGGUCAUAGUGAAAGUGUCUUGAAUCUACGGUUUAAUGGAGAUCGAUUGGUCAGUUCUUCCAAGGAUCGAACUAUUCGUGUAUGGGAUUUAUCAACAGGAUCAACAACACAGGUUCUACGUGGCCAUCGUGCAGCCGUCAACGCUGUACAAUUCAAGGAUGAUAUGGUCGUGUCUGCUUCAGGAGAUCGUACCAUUCGAUUAUGGAAUGCAAAUACUGGUGCUUCUAUUCGAACUUUUGACUCUCAUAGUCGUGGUAUUGCAUGUGUUGAAUUUGAUGGUAAUUGUAUUGUGAGUGGUUCCAGUGAUCAAACCAUCAAGAUUUGGAACAUGACUAACGGCGAAUGUCUACAUACUCUUACCGGUCAUACUGAACUUGUACGUACUUUACAAAUGGAUAAACGAUUGGAUCGGAUUGUCAGUGGAAGCUAUGAUGGUAGUCUUCGAAUUUGGAAUAUGGAAAAAGGCACUCUUUUACGUAGUUUGACCGAUAAUUUGGAUGGACGGUAA